CUUCAUUAGAAGUUGUCCCCAGUUGACGCAAACGAGGCUAGCCUGUAGGUAGGCCAUGGAGCUACGGCCACUUUUGUGUAUGGUAGCCCUCUCCUGUGUGACAAUUAUAUCAGGAUACAAUCAGACUUGCACAGAGGAGCAGUGGCAGUGUGACGAUGGCACUUGUAUUCGUCGUUCAUGGCGAUGUGAUGGUGGCAGUGACUGCAUCGACGGCUCCGAUGAAUUGAAGUGCUUGUGUGGUCCAGGUGAGACUGAAUGCGCGGACGGUUCCAGCUGUGUGAAAAUGUCUUUAGUGUGUAAUGGUCAGGCCCACUGCCCGGAUGGUUCGGAUAAAUGGAUGUGCACACAGAACUCGGGGUGUUUGCCUGGUGACUGGACUUGCCGUAACAAGCUCUGCAUCCCGAUAGAACUAAGAUGUAAUGGACGCAACGACUGUGGUGACGACUCCGAUGAGGAGGCUUGUGGUCCUUGUGGGGACCCCAGACUCCGCUGUCCUGAUGGAGUUUGUCUGACGGCCUCAGAGAGAUGUGAUGGUAUCACUCAGUGUUCUGAUGCCAGAGAUGAGCCUGCCUCAUGUGGUAAGAAAUGCUCAGAGAGGAAUGGAGGUUGCAGUCAUGCCUGUGUGGAUCAGUCAGCGGGGGCCGAGUGCCACUGUCCUGCUGGCAUGGUUCUCUCUACCGAUGGAGUUAACUGUGAAGAUUUUAAUGAAUGCUCCCAACCUUAUGGACCAUGCCAGCAAUUAUGUUUCAACACACCAGGCUCUUUUGCCUGUCACUGUCGUGAUGGUUUUAAGGAGCGUGCGAAUACCUGUCAGGCACAAGGGAAUGCAACAAAGCUUUUGAUCACCAGAAAGAGCGCCAUUGGAUUGCUGAACUUGAAAACUAGACAAAUUGAGAAUCUGUAUACAGCUGACCGGGACCCAGUAGCCAUCACGUAUGAUCUGGCGCGUGGCAGUAUUUACUGGGCUGACGACCAGGGCCGCAUCUUUAAGGCUGAAGGGCAGAGGAUUACUACCCUCUAUGAAGGACAAAUGGGGAUUGGGAGUCUUGCAUGUGAUUGGCUGAAUGGGCAUGUCUACUGGACCAGCGCCAAAACACAGACUGUGUAUGCUGGGAGCUCUGAUGGCAAUGGUGUUGCCGUGGUAAUGGCCAAGGGUGGCACCCCUCUGGACCUGGUUUUACUGCCCACCGAGAGAAACAUGUUUUGGAUAAACAAAGGCCAGAAUGGAGAGUUGAGCAUUGAGAAGGCAAGCAUGGAUGGCUACAGAAGGUCGUCCCUGGCUAUCAUCACAUCAGAAUUGCCAAGAGGUCUCACUCUGGAUGUAGCUUCUCGUCGCCUCUACUGGAUUAGUGAUUUCAAAAUGUCGAUAGAGACGGUGAAGUGCGAUGGCAGUGGGCGCUAUACAUUUUGGGACGUCUUCAAAGGCCGUGCUGCACGUGCUUUAUCUGUGUUUGAGGGUUUGUUCUACUGGGCAGACGACAAGUUCCUUUGGCAAAUCGACCCAAAGGACCCUAAACAGAGCAACUUUAUAGUCAAAGCCACCUCGCCCCAUAUGACUGUCUAUCACAGCCUUCAGCAGCCUCAUGAUGCACCAGCUGCCUGUGUUGCAUCACGAUGCCCCCUGUGUCUGCUCUCCAAAGUAGAGCCUGUUGGCUACACGUGUGCUUGCCCCAAAGGACUUCUCUCUCUAUCGGAUGGAUCAUGCUCAUAUUUUAAGCUUGUGUAUGCUACACCGACCAAUAUAUACAUGCUGGAGUUUGCUAAGAAUCCACCUGUGAAGACGUCGCUGUUGACCACCACGGAGGACAUCGAGUCUUUUGACAUCAGCUGGAGAGCUGGCUCCAUCAUCUGGAUUAAUGGGACAGGACAUCUGAAGGGCCAGUGGCUGAGUGGAGGAGAGUCUGUGUAUAUUCCAACCCCUGGUCCUGUGUGCUUGGUGCGUGUGGACCAACAGACGGGAAACCUGAUCUGGCGCUCAUGUGACGGGUUCACCGUUGGCGUCACCGCGGUGAGCCUCAGCCUGCCUGACCACAGCUACACCAAAACCUUAUACGAGAGCUGGAGAGGGGUCAAGGACCUGUAUGUGGACUGGAAAAGGGGCCGUCUCUAUUGGCUGGAGACCGCUUGUGUGCACAGUAUGGCGCUUGGUUUCUCUGGAGGGGACGCCCAGAACGUUUUCUGUAUGGAUGGGCAAUCCUCUGGAUACCUGGCGUUCGACAGGAAUUCUAACGCUUUUCUGUGGAACUCCAUGUCAGGACUACAGAUAGUGAGUCUGUUGAAGAUGAAGAAAUAUUCCCUGGGCAAGAGCUGGAGCGUCCAGGGGGAUAUCGAGGCGGUCUCGGAGCCAUUCAUAGUGUCCUAUGCCAGGAACAUCAUUACGCUGUGGGGGCGGAAGGAUGGAGCAUGGGUCACUGAAACCCCUGUAGAGAAAGGCAUCGUUGGUGUGGUGGUUGCAGAAUUGGAGCUAAUGUCAGGUCAAACUUCCAUCAAGGUCAGUCAAGAGCAAAGCUGCAGAUUCCCCUCGGUACUGUGUGAGGGCACGUCCCUGUGUAUCUCCCAGACCCAGCUGUGUGAUGGGAGGAGAGACUGCCCUGAUGGAGCAGAUGAGCAGGGCUGUGUCAAGUUGUGCUUUAAUACAGCUCAUUUCCUGUGCAAGGACAGGCGGAAGUGUAUUGAGAGGAACCUGGUUUGUGACGGGCGCUCCCACUGCUUUGAUGGAUCUGAUGAGGUUGGGUGUCCCACCGUUGCUACCAAGAUCUCCAAGACAACCCCUCUGAAGUGUCGCUUGGGCUCUAAAGCGUGCCGGGACGGCAGUGAGUGCGUCCUCCACAGUCACGUGUGUGAUGGCGAGAAGGAUUGUAGAGACGGAUCGGAUGAGGACGGGUGUGAUCUGUGUCAGGAAGGCCAGUUCCAGUGUGCUAAUGGGAGGAAGUGUAUUGACCAGAAGCAGGUGUGCGACGGGACGCCACAGUGUCAGGACCGCUCAGACGAGCUGGACUGCUGGGUGCCCACCAAGAGCUGCGCUCUGCGCUGUGAUGGCCAGAGCCGCUGCAUACCCCAGGUGUUCAUCUGCAACGGUGUCCAGGAUUGCUGGGACUCCUCGGACGAGGCUGGCUGUGCCAUUCCCCCUCCGGCUCCGAGAUGUGAUGGCCCCUCAGUGCUGUGUGAGGGGACGUCCCUCUGCAUCGCUCCUGACCAGCUCUGUGAUGGAAGGAAAGACUGCCCUGAUGGCUGGGAUGAAAAGGGUUGCCUCAGCAACUGUCCAAAAAGAGGCCAGUAUCUGUGCAAGGACAGGCGGAAAUGUAUUGAGAAGAGGCUGAUUUGUGACGGCCGCGCCCACUGCUUUGAUGGAUCUGAUGAGGUUGGUUGUCUCAACGUUGCUACCAAGACCUCCAAGACCACCCCUCUGAAGUGUCAUUUGGGCUCUAAAGCGUGCCGGGACGGGACUGAGUGUGUUCUCCACAGCCACGUGUGUGAUGGAGAGAAAGACUGUAGAGAUGGAUCAGAUGAAGAGGGGUGUGAUCUCCGCUGCAAACCAGGUCAGUUUCAGUGUGCCCAUGGCAGCAUGUGUAUUGACCAGAAGCAGGUGUGUGAUGGAACACCUCAGUGUCAGGACCGCUCCGAUGAGCUGGACUGCUUCAAGGCCACUAAGGGCUGCAGCCAUCGCUGUGAUGACAAGACUCGCUGCAUCCCCGAAGGCUUCUUAUGUGAUGGAGAAAAAGACUGUACAGAUGGCACUGACGAGGCUAAUUGUGGUUUCCCCACUCCUGCACCAAUCCCGUCCCCCUGCAGGUUCCCCUCGGUACUGUGUGAGGGCACGUCCCUGUGUAUCUCCCAGACCCAGCUGUGUGAUGGGAGGAGAGACUGCCCUGAUGGAGCAGAUGAGCAGGGCUGCGUGGAUGCAUGCUCAGAUCCAGCACACUUCCUGUGCAAGGACAGGCGGAAGUGUGUCGAGAGGAACCUGGUUUGUGACGGACGCUCCCACUGCUUUGAUGGAUCUGAUGAGGUUGGGUGUCCCACCGUUGCUACCAAGAUCUCCAAGACAACCCCUCUGAAGUGUCGCUUGGGUUCUAAAGCGUGUCGGGACGGGAGUGAGUGUGUCCUCCACAGCCACGUGUGUGAUGGAGAGAAGGAUUGUAGAGACGGAUCGGAUGAAGAGGGGUGUGAUCCUGUCUGCAAACCAGGCCAGUUCCAGUGUUUCCAUGGCAGCAUGUGUAUUGACCAAAAGCAGGUGUGUGAUGGAACACCUCAGUGUCAGGACCGCUCAGAUGAGCUGGACUGCUUCAAGGCCAUGAAGAGCUGCAGCCAUCGCUGUGAUAAGACCCGCUGCAUCCCUGAACACUUCCUGUGUGAUGGAGAGAGAGACUGUCAGGAUGGCACUGACGAGGCUAACUGCCAGUUGACUGCUGGUGUUGCCAUGGCGAUGCCAACCCCGCCCCCCUGCAGGUUCCCCUCGGUACUGUGUGAGGGCACGUCCCUGUGUAUCUCCCAGACCCAGCUGUGUGAUGGGAGGAGAGACUGCCCUGAUGGAGCAGAUGAGCAGGGCUGUGUGGAUGCAUGCUCAGAUCCAGGACACUUCCUGUGCAAGGACAGGCGGAAGUGUGUCGAGAGGAAUCUGGUUUGUGACGGGCGCUCCCACUGCUUUGAUGGAUCUGAUGAGAUUGGGUGUCCCACCGUUGCUACCAAGAUCUCCAAGACAACCCCUCUGAAGUGUCGCUUGGGCUCUAAAGCGUGCCGGGACGGCAGUGAGUGCGUCCUCCACAGUCACGUGUGUGAUGGAGAGAAGGAUUGUAGAGACGGAUCGGAUGAGGACGGGUGUGAUGCCGCCUGCAAACCAGGCCAGUUCCAGUGUUUCCAUGGCAGCAUGUGUAUCAACCAGAAGCAGGUGUGUGAUGGCACACCUCAGUGUCAGGACCGCUCAGAUGAGCUGGACUGCUUCAAGGCCUCUAAGAGCUGCAGCCAUCGCUGUGAUGAGAAGACCCGCUGCAUCCCACAAAACUUUGUGUGUGAUGGAGAGAGAGACUGCCUGGAUGGCACUGAUGAAGCUAAUUGUGGGGAGUCCACUGGGCCUCCAGGUUCUACUACCCUGGCACCAGCCUCCACCACCACCAUCACCUCCCCCUGCAAGUUCCCCUCAGUACUGUGUGAGGGCACGUCCCUGUGUAUCUCCCAGACCCAGCUGUGUGAUGGGAGGAGAGACUGCCCUGAUGGAGCAGAUGAGCAGGGCUGUGUGGAUGCAUGCUCAGAUCCAGGACACUUCCUGUGCAAGGACAGGCGGAAGUGUGUCGAGAGGAAUUUGGUUUGUGACGGGCGCUCCCACUGCUUUGAUGGAUCUGAUGAGGUUGGGUGUCCCACUGUUGCUACCAAGAUCUCCAAGACAACCCCUCUGAAGUGUCGCUUGGGCUCUAAAGCGUGCCGGGACGGGAGUGAGUGCGUCCUCCACAGCCACGUGUGUGAUGGAGAGAAGGAUUGUAGAGACGGGUCAGAUGAGGAGGGGUGUGAUCUCACCUGCAAACCAGGUCAGUUUCAGUGUGCCCAUGGGAGCAUGUGUAUCGACCAGAAGCAGGUGUGUGAUGGAACACCUCAGUGUCAGGACCGCUCAGAUGAGCUGGACUGCUUCAAGGCCACUAAGAGCUGCAGCCAUCGCUGUGAUGAGAAGACUCACUGCAUCCCACAAAACUUUGUGUGUGAUGGAGAGAGAGACUGCCUGGAUGGCACUGAUGAGGCUAAUUGCAGUCUCACUAUGCCUGGUCCAACCCCGUCCCCCUGCAGGUUCCCCUCGGUACUGUGUGAGGGUACGUCCCUGUGCAUCUCCCAGACCCAGCUGUGUGAUGGGAGGAGAGACUGCCCUGAUGGAGGCGAUGAAAGAGACUGUGUGGAUGCAUGCUCAGAUCCAGCCCACUUCCUCUGUGAGGACCGACGCAAGUGUAUCGAGAGAAAGCUGGUAUGUGACGGACGCAACCACUGUCCCGACGGCUCGGACGAGAGGAAGUGUCCAAAGCAACCCUCCUCCUGUGACCGCACGUGUGACGGCGGCACCAAGUGUCUGACCCAGCCGCAGAUCUGUGAUGGGACACACCACUGCCAGGACGGACAGGACGAGAGCAACUGCUCUGGAUACAAAUCCCGUUGGACCACGGCUUCCCCUCUGAAGUGUCGUUUGGGCUCUAAAGCGUGCCGGGAUGGGACAGAGUGCGUUCUGUACAGCCACGUGUGUGAUGGAGAGAAGGACUGUCGAGAUGGCUCGGAUGAGGACGGGUGUGACCUCGCCUGCAAACCAGGUCAGUUUCAGUGUGCCCACGGAAGGAUGUGUAUUGACCAAAAGCAGGUGUGUGAUGGAACGCCUCAUUGUCAGGACCGCUCAGAUGAGCUGGACUGCUUCAAGGCCACUAAAAGCUGCAGCCAUCGCUGUGAUAACAAGACCCGCUGCAUCCCUGAAGGUUUCUUAUGUGAUGGAGAAAAAGAUUGUACAGAUGGUUCUGACGAGGCUAAUUGUGUGGUGGAGGCGUGCGGGAGUCCUCAGUUCCAGUGUGGUAACGGCCAGUGUGUGGACCAGCCCCUGCGCUGCGACGGCUACGCUGACUGCCGGGACCACUCGGACGAGAAGGGGUGCAGCCAGCCACCCACAUGCCCCCCGCAGCUGCGCUGCCCAGGGAGUGAUGAGUGCCUGCUGCAGGAGUGGCUCUGUGAUGGGGACGAGGACUGCAGCGACGGCUCCGAUGAGCGGAACUGUAAGACUUCACUGCUGAAGUGCGGAGAGAUGCAGUGGGCAUGCUCCUCUAAGGACCAGUGUAUCCCCCAGUCCUGGAGGUGCGACGGCACCAACGACUGCCAUGACCACAGCGAUGAGACUGGAUGUGGCCAGGUGAAGUGCCUGACUGGGAAGUUCCCGUGCAGAAGUGGCGAGUGUGUGGACCUGGCGCUAGUGUGUAACGGAGCCACUAACUGUCUGGACAGCUCGGACGAAGGCCCAGGGUGUGCUAAAAGCAACUGCACAUCCUCCGGCAGCCCCCGUUGUGACCACACAUGCGUCCAGACUCCUCACGGAGCGAGGUGCAUGUGUAAGGCAGGCUUCAGGCUGCAGGCGGACGGGCUGACCUGUAAGGAUGUGGACGAGUGUAAGGAGAGUGGCCCGCCUGCAUGCUCACACAUCUGCCUCAACUCCCGCGGAUCCUUCCUCUGCCAGUGCAGCCCUGGCUUCCUGUUGGAGCCUGACGGGAGAACCUGUAAAACACCAGAUGAGCCCAGUCUGCUGGCCUCUAUGCAGUCAGAGCUGGUUCUGCUGGGCCUCAGGAGUGGGGACAAGAAUGUUCUGAUGACGCCGGGCAAGAAGCCCAUCUUCUCCGUGGACUAUGACUGGUUGGAGCAGCGAGUCUACUGGGUCAGUCUGGACGAGGCCAGCAUCAAGUGGGCAGCCCACGAACAAAAGUACUUGGGCACUCUUGUCACAGGUGUGAAAUCUGACUCCAUCGCUCUGGACUGGGUGGGAAGGAACCUGUAUUGGGUGGAUGGUGUGGCUGGGCAGAUUCUGGCCGUCAGACUGAGCCCCACGGUGGUCAAGCCCGAGAACUACACAGUGAUCCUGGAUGAAGAUCUGGAGCAGCCCCACUCCCUGGCUCUACUGCCUCAGAGGGGGUUGAUGUUCUGGUCAGAGAUUGGCUCGGAGCCUCAGAUAGAGCGGUCGGGCAUGGACGGCUCUGACAGGCGUUUGGUGGUGAGCGAGAGCCUCAGCUGGCCGGUCAGUGUCACCAUAGACCUGUUGGAGGAGAGAGUCUACUGGACAGACGAGAGGCUCAAAUGCAUCGGAUCUGCCUCACUGACUGGAGAGAACAUCAAGCUGCUUCAGCUGCCGGAGACGCCCAGUCCCUUUUCGGUGGCUGUGUUUAACGACAUGGUCUACUGGUCUGAUACCAAGAGAAGAACCAUUCAAGGAGCCAGCAAAGUCAAUGGCAAGAAUCGCAAAGUCAUCCUCAAGAGACCUAGCCAACCUUUUGGACUUAAGGCCGUCCACCCCCUCCUGCAGUCUGUGACCUCUAACCCCUGUGAGCGUCUGCACUGCUCCCAUCUGUGCCUCCUGGCUCCAGGGCCCCAGGCCGUGUGCCGCUGCCCAGCAGGGCUGCUCCUGGCUGGGGAUGGACUCUCCUGCUCCCCCCCGACUGAUUCCUCUUCAUCCUUUCUUCUCAUGCUGUCUCCCACCACAGUCACUCAGAUUUAUCUGCGUGGCUUGCGAGGUGCCAAAGAUCUGAAGAAGUGGCCAGAGCAUCGGGCCCUGCUUCUGCCCAGGAUGAACGAGGCCAUGGCGAUGGACAUGGUGAUGAAGGAGCGCCUGCUGUACUUGUCGGACGCGGGCCUGGCCUCCGUGAGCACUCUGAAGCUGAGCGGGUCGUCUCUGACCCAGACCCGGCACCUGCUCCAGCUGCCCGGUGACGUGGUGACCGCGCUGGCCGUGGACUGGGUCACACAGAACCUCUACUGGAGCUCACGGGCCCAACCGGCUGUGCACGUGACCACCGCUGACGGGCGCUAUACCACCGAGCUCCUAGUGGCUAGUGGGCACACCAUUUCCAUCGCCCUCCACCCGCCCACCGGGCGGAUGUGCUUCACCGCCACAGGAAGGGCAGGAGGGAGAGGCAAGGACGUUCUGCAGGUGGACUGUGCCUUCAUGGACGGGGCCAACCGCACGGUUCUGUGGGCGGACGCAGCCAUUGCCACCUCUCUGACCUUCUCCAACAAGGGCUCACAGCUCUACUGGGCAGAUAUUGGUAAAGGAGUGAUCGCUUCCGUAGGCAUUGAUGGCUCCAAGUACAGAGAAUAUAAGACUGGCCCAGACCUCAUUGUGUCCUUCACAUGCACUGACAAUAUCCUCCUCUGGGUCACCCUGGACAACGAUGUGACCAAGAUGUGGUACAGCGAUGGUUUCCAACCAAAACAGCUGUGGUUUGAGGUGAAGACCAAUGUCGUUGAAGUGAAGGCUUACAGCAGGUCCAGUCAAAAAGGAGGGAAUGCGUGUUCCGUGAAGAACGGCGGCUGUGUUCACCUGUGCCUGGCGCACCCAAGUGGGCGCACUUGUAUGUGUUCCCAUGGCCACCUGACCAAUGGUUCAGAGUGCAUGCCGCAGCAGCGGUGCACGGACGGCAGCAAGGCAUGCUGGGAUGGAACAUGCCUGCCCAGCGCCAAGUUCUGUGACCGGGUGCUGGACUGUCCAGAUGGCUCAGAUGAGAAAAACUGCCUUUAUGACAAGCCUGCAAUCCAGCCUAAAGUGGGCAUUGAGAAGCCCCGACGGCCUCGUCCCCUCGGCAACACCCACCCCAAGGCCAUGGGGAUGGAUAACCAGCGUCUGGAGGUGGGCACCUGUGCGGAGGAGCACUGCAGCGGGCACGGCACGUGCGUGAGUCGGGAUGGGGAGGUGGCGUGCAAGUGCUCGGCGGGCUACAGCGGAGACUCGUGUCAGGACGCGGGGUCCACUAACGUCGGGGUCAUCCUGGCUCUGCUGCUGGUCGUUGCCUGCGUCAUCAUCGCCGUCUUAGUCAUAAGAAAGAGACGUCAAUCUGCGAGGACUCCAGAGAAAGCCACACUCAUGACCAACAUGGAGGGCCGCAACGUCCACAUGGAAGGCUUCGCCAACAACCUCUACAAUGCAGACGAGGAAGAAGUGACUCCUGCAGACGUCCCAUCUUUGUGACGUGUUUUUAUAAUCUAAUGACUAAACUGACUGAAUAACAAUAAAAUGGAACAUUAAAAGUAAA